CGAAUUAAAAAUAACAAAUAUACAGACAAACCACACACACAUAUGAUACAAAAUAAAAAAUGAAAAAACAGCCAGAUUUUAUUGAUUAUAAAUUACGAAUGAAUCGUAAAGCACAGGAAAGACAGCAAAAAUAUUAUGAAGAACAAUUACAAAGACGUCGAUUGAUUGGUCAACCAUCAACAAUUGAACCAUGGUAUUCAUUAAAUCGUAAUCGUAAUAUAUUCAUAUUAGCUUCAUUAUUAACAAGUUUGAUUUUUAUCAAACCAAUAGCUGAUGCUAUUAUUGGUUUAAAAAAUGCUGGUCGUUUACAAAAAGAACAGGAAAAAUUUCGUAAACAAUUGGAUGCGGAAGAAGCUGCUGAGGAAUUGAAAAAAACAAUCAUCAAAUCCAAUUAAUUAAUUACAAAUUAAAUUUAAAAAUGUUGUAAAUAUAAAAAUGUAAUCAUCAUUUUUAUUUUAUAGUAAUAAUUAUUAU